UGCAGCCUUGAGCGUCCUCCUCUCGGGCUCCCUCUGGUCGACAGCGGGCGGGCGGGCGCCGAGCUGCUGAGGCCAUGCCAUUGAAACAUUAUCUCCUUUUGCUGGUGGGCUUCCAAGCCUGGGGUGCAGGCUUGGCCUACUAUGGCUGCCCUAGUGAGUGCACCUGCUCCAGGGCCUCCCAGGUGGAGUGCACCGGGGCGCGCAUUGUGGCAGUGCCCACCCCCCUGCCCUGGAACGCCAUGAGCCUGCAGAUCCUCAACACGCACAUCACCGAACUCAGUGAGUCCCCAUUCCUCAAUAUCUCGGCCCUCAUUGCUCUGCGGAUUGAGAAGAAUGAGCUGUCCCACAUCAUGCCUGGUGCCUUCCGCAACCUGGGCUCGCUGCGGUACCUCAGCCUUGCCAACAACAAGCUUCAAGUUCUGCCUAUCGGCCUCUUCCAGGGCCUGGAUAACCUCGAGUCGCUCCUUCUGUCCAGCAACCAGCUGGUACAGAUCCAGCCAGCGCACUUCUCCCAGUUCAGCAACCUCAAGGAGCUGCAGCUGCACGGCAACCACUUGGAGUACAUCCCCGACGGCGUCUUCGACCACCUGGUGGGCCUCACCAAGCUCAAUCUGGGCAAGAACAGCCUCACCCACCUCUCACCCAGGGUCUUCCAGCACCUGGGCAACCUCCAGGUCCUCCGGCUAUAUGAGAACAGGCUCUCGGACAUCCCUAUGGGCACCUUUGAUGGGCUUGGCAACCUCCAGGAGCUGGCCCUGCAGCAGAACCAGAUUGGUAUGCUCUCCCCUGGCCUCUUCCACAACAACCGUAACCUCCAGAAACUCUAUCUGUCCAACAACCACAUCUCCCAGCUGCCCCUCGGCAUCUUCACGCAGCUGCCCCAGCUCAACCGUCUCACACUCUUUGGGAAUUCCCUGAAGGAGCUCUCUCCGGGGAUCUUUGGGCCCAUGUACAACCUGCGCGAGCUCUGGCUCUAUGACAACCACAUCACUUCUCUACCCGACAACGUCUUCAGCAGCCUCCACCAGUUGCAGGUCUUGGUCCUCAGCCGCAACCAGAUCAGCUUCAUCUCCCCGGGCGCCUUCAACGGGCUGACGGAGCUGCGGGAGCUGUCCCUCCACACCAACGCACUGCAGGAGCUGGACGGGCAUGUCUUCCGCAUGUUGGCCAACCUGCAGAACAUCUCCCUGCAGAACAACCGCCUCAGACAGCUCCCAGGGAAUAUCUUCGCCAACGUCAACGGCCUCAUGACCAUCCAGCUGCAGAACAACCAGCUGGAGAACCUGCCCAUGGGCAUCUUUGACCACCUGGGGAACCUGUGUGAGCUGCAGCUCUAUGACAACCCCUGGAGGUGUGACUCAGACAUCCUUCCGCUCCACAACUGGCUCCUGCUCAACAAGCCCAGGUUGAGGAUAGACACCCUCCCAGUGUGUUUCAGCCCAGCCAAUGUCCGAGGCCAGUCCCUCAUCAUCAUCAACAUCAAUGCUGCUUUCCCUAGUGUCCAGGUGCCAGAGAUCACCGAUGUGCCCAGCAAGCCAGAAACGCCACGGUACCCAGACACGUCCAGCUACCCUGACACCACCUCUAUCUCCUCCACCACUGAGUUCAUCAGCCCCGUGGACUAUACCGAUCUGAACACCAUCGUGACCACCAAUGCCCACAGCACGUUGGGCAUGACCCAGGCCCAGAGCGGGCUGGCCAUUGCUGCCAUUGUCAUUGGCAUCAUUGCCCUGGCCUGCUCCCUGGCUGCCUGCAUCUGCUGUUGCUGCUGCAAGAAGAAGAGCCAUGCAGUCCUGAUGCAGAUGAAGGCACCUAAUGAGUGUUAAAGAGGCAGGCUGGAGGCAGGGCUGGGGAAUAGUGGGACCACCGGAGGAUCGGGGACUUUUGUCAUUCCGCCUACACCUCUGGGUCCACAGAGCCAUCCCCUGCUCCCUGUCUCUAGUCCCCAAGAGAAAGGUGCCGCUACCCUUUGCUGACCUGCCUGGUUCUCCUGUUUCAACGGGAGAACCAGCUCUUGCAGGACCUUCUUACCGCCAGGGAUGUUCAACUGGCCAUGGCAAAAACCCUGUGGGGUUUCCAAUUCACAUCCCUGGGCUUCCUUCAGGAAAGCUCCUCCUCCAAAGUCUCACCAUCUCUCCUCCAGGAAUAGCCUUCCCUGGGCCCGCACCCCUGCUGGCCUCUGUAGACUCAAUUAUUACACGCCUGCGCACUUUGUGGCAAUAAUUCUCCGCUGGGACCGCCCAUCUCCCGAGUAUUAUGUAAGCUGAUUUCUCUUCUUUUGCUCCUCUCGUUUGUGGCGUGGCUCUACCCUGUCCCCUCAAAUGAAAAGUCUCUCUCGAUUUUCCACUCCUGAAGGCAGGGGGAGUUCUCUCCUCAAAGAAGGCUUCAACCCAUUUAGCUGGUUUCUUAAGAACUGCCAAGUGCCCGGCUUUCAGGUUGCUAUGAAAGAGAGAAGGAAGAACGAUGCCACUCAGUUCCUGGAGACAGAGCCAUCCUCCCUGUCUCUCUUGUGCUUUUCAUCUGGAAAAGGAAGAAAGGCCCCAGUGCAACACAUUCAGCCUUUUACAGAAUGUGAUUUCCCAACUGCAAACUUUGCUUUGAAAAUUUUAGUCCUUUAAGGAAUAGAAUAGUGUUGAAUUUCUGACCCCUAAAGACAUUAAGAUCAGCUUAUUGGUACUCGGUGGAGAAAGGAGCCUGGUACUUGGGGGUCCUUGUGUUCACCCCUAGGAUUUUUCUCUUUUAACUUUUUAUUGAAGUAUAACAUACAUACAGAAAAGUGGGAGCAUGGUAAUGUAGAGUGCGAUGGAUUUUCACAAACUGUGCACACCCAUGUGAUCAGCAUCCAGAUCAAGAGAAGGACAUCACUAGUAUCCUCCAUCAUGGGCUGUUAUUGGAGAAGACUGGGGCUUGUGGAAAUGGCAUGGACUUACCUGGGAACUGGCUCCCCGUGAGCCAGGGCGGGCCCCCCCAGUGACCCCCCAAGCUAGCCCUUACAAAGUCCCAGCUGCCAGGGCUGGAGGAGAAGAUGUGGGUACACUCAGGCCUGGACAGGAGAUUUUACUAAAUUCCCAGACCCUGAGGCACCCAGACUGGCCAGGUCAGAAUGAUCUCGACUACAGAGGCCAAUGCAACCACACACUCUUCCCUGCUGACAUGCUGUCUGCUGCUCAUUGGAGAUCCCUCUGCCUGGGCCUUUUAUGGGCAUGAUAUGCCUAUAUCUGUUUUUAAUUUUCACUCUCCAUUUGGGGGAAGUUAAAUAGCUCAGAGAUGAGAUCCUUUAAUUGAACAGCCAAGUGUAAUGGAACCCAGCAAUCCCUCUAAUGUCGUGGUAAAAUUCUCCAUCAACACUACAGUCAGCUAGAAACUGAACUGCAGAAUUCUCACGUACAGCAGGCAACAUCAGGGUACAUGGUAGGUCACACUGGGUCAGGGGCUCUCUGGAGCUCCUCCUGCCUGUGGUCUGGUUGUAAGAGUUGAGUAGUUUGGUCCAGGGUUAUUCUCCUUGAGUUACAUUCACACAAAUACCUGCCCUUGCUGCCCAACACACAUAUUCACACAGAUAAAAAAUUAUGCUCAUGGAAAUGCAUCUUUCUCUGGACAACUGGCCUACCACUUUAGAAGUAAAAGUAGUGAAACGGAGAAUUGUAGGUGUCCAUGUCUGCCCAGGAAAGAGCUGUAGCCAAUGCUAUAAGGAUUUGGAAAUCCACCAUCAAUCCUGACUGGCUCCUACUAGUUCCCUCUGCCCCACAAGACAAAUAAGAAAUUCCCUGGGGCCUUAGCAGCAUGAUGGUGACAGGUCCCCAACAAAAAGCGUCCAGGAAGUGACGUGUGAGAAUUAGUGCACUUUGUAGCUUUUCCCUCUCUGUCCCAGGAGUCUAGGAGAGAUGGGGCCUGUCAGAGGCAAAAGACGUCAUCUUUCUAGGGUAAAUCUGGGUCUCCAAAUGUUUUCCAAAUAUUUUUAGCAACUGGUGGACAUGUACCAAGGCUUGAGAGGGCCCAAAAGGAAGUAAGCCCAGGGCUUGGGGCAUGAGCAUUGUACCACUGAUGGUGGCCUGCCAUAUUGAUCCUGGGGC